AUGAAGUUGCCCUCGACGCCGCAGGACACGCCCAAAGAUGACUCCGAUCACACCGACGACGGCGACCCUACGCCUACCGAGGCGCCCCCUCGCCCCGCCGUCAACGAGACGACAACCACGCCUCGACCAACGCUGCCGCGCUCGCCACCAGCACGCCUAGCAGAGUCGAGCUAUAGCAGCAUCGAGGCAGAGCUGCACGAGGAGCCUGCAGACAGUCCGUCUGCCGCUUCUCUGCCCCCGAACAUGCCUGAAGCGAAGCGGAAGAAGAGUGAUACAGGUAGUGGUAGCAGGCCGAAUUUGGGGAAAAGUUCUGCGCAGAUGCUUUCUGCCGCUGGCAAUCCGUCCGACUUGCGAGACGCGCUGAAUGCCAGAGUGCUUGCUCAGACCCGUACGCGGAGGAGUUACGGUCUCAGCACGGGCACCAAGGAGGAUUCCAAACGCGUAUCGCCAAUCCAAGAAGAGCAGGCUACGCACAACGCGCCCGCGCUCACUGCAGUCCUUGGCCCGCAGGAGCCUGGAGGAACGGCUAGUACCGUCUCCACGGAGUCUACCGAAUCGAAUCGUACUAUUAGAGGCAGCGCUCUACCUACUCCAUCAGGAGCGCCGUUGCGCACACCUUCCUACCCUUUCCCAUAUGUGCCCGGAACACCAAGCUGGAGAUCCUUUUCCACAGGAGGUCACCAACCUUUCACUGCCUUGUCUCCAACUGUGUCGAAUCAGCCCAGAGGUGAUCAUGACACGCCAGGGAGAAGCAGUGUUGAUCCUUUAUCUGGAGAUUCUACACCAGCAGGGAAUGCUGCAUUUAUGUUUGGAGCCGAUUUUGCAGGGCCAGAGGACCCGGCCUAUCCAACUCCAAACUUAUACGAUCUGGUGUUACAACUGAAUGCGGAGCCUGGUUUUGAAGCAUGGUGGACGACGGUGACAAAUCUCUUACAUGACCACUUCAAGGCCGAGCGCGCCACCCUCGUACAGCCAUUGGAUCCUACCGACAUCGAGAAUGUGCCUUGGGGUCAGAAAGCUACGUUUAGCAUGAACGGACGAGAAGAGUUCGCGCAUACCAUUCCGCUUCGGCAACAAGACUUUCCUGAGCUAUCUGGUAAACUUCGAAUGCCCGAAUUCGCCUUUCGUGGACCGUCAAACGUACACACGCCAGAGGAAGGCCCACAGAAACUGCAUCCGGACCGUUUGCGACCGCGUCUAGAAUCUCGGCACUCGUACGCAGGUCAUGGACGCGAAGUACGAGAAGUACUGGGCACUCUCAAUGAUGCGCCGACACCAGGCCAAUUCAAAGCAAGACCCUCGGGACCAAAGCGAACUGUAACUCAUGCGCCUGGUAUAGCCGGUGGCGUGGGGCCGGGCAGGAUACCCACUCCACGCGCUCCUUCCACGGGUAGUUUUUGCGACAGUGCAAGGAGUGAGCAGGAGUUUAGCACCGUCACUGGUGAUACCAGUCCUUACGCAGAAGUCUUUGGCUCCUUGCGAUCCUUAGAUCACGAGGCUCGUCCGCUUAUUGAGGCGGGCGGUGUCAAUCGUGUUCUGGAUCGCGGCAGGAUAGUAAUGGUGACGAGGGACUACACGGCCGACAACAAGAAACCGAUUGAGUCCAGGUCCGCUCUUUCAGGUAACGCAGGGAGACUGUUUGGCAAUUACCGAAGCGUUUUCGCUUCGGAAAACGUUCCAGAGCCUCACAAAGACUAUGAGGAGUACGAACAGCAACCUGCUUCUCCAUGGGCUCAGUCACCGGCGCCAUCUCCUGCCAUCCAAUCCGACGAGGAUGAAAACCCAUUCUUCGCCAGUGACUACUACCAGGUCGAAGACUCAUUCAAUCCAGCUGUCAGUCCCAAAGACUACACCCCUUUUGCUCAAGUGGGCGCAAUUGGCGUCGAUCAUGCAUCGACAGUCAUUCACCUCCCGCUUAUUCACCCUACGCUCUCCAAACCAAUGGGUCCCCUACGGGAAACGUCAAAACAGAAUUCGACAGAUCGCAAUAGCUAUUUCGAUUCGGAAAGACGUGCACCCAUCGCGAUUUUGACGAUACUCACUUCUGCAGUGCCCUAUCCCAACAACCUGGCGACCGCGCUUAAGCUGCUUGGGCCACACUUAGCGACGUCGUUUUCUAUCGCACAGCAAUUCUCCGCAACGCACCUACAAGCGGUGAGUAUUCGGCAUCGCAGGACUGCGAGUGGCAAUCGCCCCAUCUCCAAUCCUAUGACUAUUGAGCCAACUGCAUUAGACGACAUCGUCAACGCGGAUCUUGAACAGCCUCCCGGAUCAAUCUCCGGCAGCAUUACCAGCCCAUCAGAAUACUCUGGCCGCUCCAGAGCUAGUCCAUCUGGCUCCAUCAUCGGGACACCGGGCUGGGAUCCAGCCCAACAUGGCUGGACAGCAAGUAGAUCAGUUACUAGUACGCCCGCAUUCACGGGCAGUGAGAUGGUCGACAAUUAUUUCGAUGCCAAGAAACGGACGGGUCAGCGCAGUGCAUGUAACGCAAGCACCACAACCACGCCCGCAAAAUCCAUGAAGAGAGGGUCUGGCAGCGUCGAUAAGGGUGCCGCCAACGAGGACGAAGGGAAGUCGUCACGUAGCGAGCGCAAGCUGAAGGUGGCGCCAGCGUCUACAGACGACAAGCUUUCUGUGCAACCGUCGGCUCAAGAGCAGAGUCCGCCGCAUCCGGCAGAAGCAACAUCGCCGUCGAGACCUGCGUUGCGUCCGUCGCUAGCGUCUUUUGCCGAGCUCUCAGCACCCAAGCAGCAUUCUCUGCUGCACUCGUACGGCGCAGAUUUCCAUUCCACUUUCAAUGUGUCUCCGUCCAUGACUCCGGGCGAGGCUAGAGCUCCUGGGCUGGGUGGUCAUGCUCGCAAAGGCUCAUACCCCGAGGAUAUGCCACCGCCCUCGGAACGACUACUGCGGACAAUCAUUGAUUCGGUACCUGUGCAGAUCUUCACAGCUCAGCCAGAAACUGGAUUGCUCAGUUGGGUCAAUUCGAAGUUCUUGAUCUAUCGAGGACAGGAACCGCGGCAAGUGCUCAACGAUCCAUGGGCAGCCAUUCAUCCCGAAGAUCGCAAUGAUUUCCUGCCGGCCUGGCAUAGGUCUCUGAGAACUUACCAGCAACUGCAGCAAAAAGUUCGUUUACAAAGAUUCGAUGGCAAUUACAGGUGGUUCUAUGUCAGAGCCGCGCCUCUUAAGGAUAAACGUCAGAAAGUGGUCCAUUGGAUUGGAACAAUGAUGGAUUUCCAUGAGCAACAGCUUGCUGAAUUCUCGUCUGCCAGACAGGCGGAGACCGCAGCAUCAGAAGCCAAAUAUCGCGCGUUGGCGAACUCAAGUCCUCAAGUGGUAUUUGCCGUAAAUCGGGUCAAAGGCGUUACCUUUUGCAACACCCAGUGGCUUCAAUAUUCUGGUCAGAACGAAGUGCAGGCUCUUGGUGUAGGCUUCAUGGAUCAUGUCCAUCCAGAAGACCUCGAAAAGUGCAGACUCCCUACGUUCGAAGGCGCUACGGACGAGCCAACCAAUGUGCCAACCUCUGUGCCGUUCGGGCCGAGACGAACGGCAUCGCAAUCUGCUGCUUCGUCACUCGACUCCUCAGAGACGGAGAAGGCUCCGUCUAGUGAUGACUCUGUUGCUGCUUCUGUUUCACCAAGUUCUCAAAAGCCACCGCAGCGUAAAUUGUCGGAGUUGGCCAGCAAGGGUAUUUUGAAAGUGGCUCGCGACGCGGACGGUCGGCCUUCGUACUCUACCGAAGUCAGGCUCAAGUCCAAGGACGGCAACUUCAGAUGGCAUCUAGUGCGCGUUCUGCUUGCUGACCCACUUCUUCAUGAUGAAGAAGAGACCUGGUACGGCACAUGUACGGACAUCAACGACCACAAGACCCUCGAACGUGAUCUCAAGGAGACGAUGGACGAGAAGUCACGCUUCCUGAGCAACAUGUCGCACGAGAUCAGAACUCCACUGAACGGCAUUACAGGAAUGGUGAACUUCCUCAUUGACAGUAGCUUGACUGCGGAGCAGAUGGAGCACGUCAAUAUCAUUCGGGCUAGUACAGAGGGUCUGCGCGGCUUGAUUAACGAUAUUCUGGAUCUGUCGAAGGCCGAGGCUGGCAUGAUUCAAUUGAGCAUGGACUGGCUAUACGUGCGCGCGCUUAUUGAAGAGGUCAACGAUCUCACGUCGGCAAUGGCGAUCGACAAAGGUCUGGAGCUCAACUACAUUGUCGAAGAAGAUGUACCAUCUCAAAUCAAGGGCGACCGCUUCCGCAUUCGACAAAUCAUGUUGAACAUAGUUGGCAAUGCCAUCAAGUUCACGCAACGAGGCGAAGUCUUUGUCAGAUGCUGCCUGCAAAAGGAUGACGGCCAACUAGCCAAGAACGAGAUGUAUAUCAGGUUUGAGGUGGUAGAUACUGGGCGUGGAUUCACUGACAAGGAGGCGGAGUAUCUGUUCAAGCGUUUCAGUCAGAUUGACGGCAGCAGCACGAGACAGCACGGUGGAACGGGGUUGGGUCUGGUCAUCUCGAAGCAACUGGCUCAGCUGCAUGGCGGAGACAUGAGCGCCAAAGGCGUGCCGGAGAAGGGGUCGACAUUCACCUUCUACAUCAAGACGACUGUGCCUAGUAGGCAUGACCAGCCGCCUCCAUCGACUCCAGGAGCUGCAAGUCUCCCAGUAUUACCCGCACCACCUGAACCGAUUCCGACCCCAACAGCGACUCCGCCCCUCACGAAGAUUCCAUCCGCGCCAUCUGAGAGACAAGCCAAACCAUCACCGAAGUUCUUGCCCGAAACCACACAGUCUCCAUCUCCAUCACCCUAUCUAGUCGCAUCGCCAGACGCAGACACAGGGUCUCCAUCCGUGUCUUCAGCCAGCUCUGAUCCAUCAGUUCGCUCGGCAGCUCGCACAGGAAGUCUACGAUCGGAGCGAUCUUCCGUCUCAUCUAUCGUGCCAGACCCCACCGGAUCCAUCACUUCAAAGAUGACGCUAAACUUGCGGGCUGAGUCAUCUCCACGCUCCGAGCCAUCUCCAUCUGGCACUGAGGCGUCAUCAACGACGUCGAACGAGACCGUCGUACCAAGUGUGGCUUCUCCUUCUGGCAGUGCUCUCGCACCACCGAUGUUCUCCAUUCUCGUAGUGGCACCGUUGAAGUACAGCCGCGAGGCAACCGUACAGCAUAUCGACAAGACGCUACCAAAGAAUGUGCCACAUCAGAUUACGUCUCGCGAGAGCCUUUCAGAAUGCCGGAGCCUGUUGUGCGGUGAAGAGCCAGUCAUCUUCACGCAUGUUGUUGCAGUACUCCAGGAUGUCGAGGAGAUUAUCGCUCUCAUGGACCAGGUUCUUCGGGCAGCGACUACAACGACAGCCAUUGUUCUCAUCACAGAUCUGGCGCAAAGACGGAAGAUCAUGGAGCAGGCGCCAAACUACAACUAUGACCAGCUCGUUGCAGAUCGGAGGCUGAGAUUUGUCUUCAAACCGUUGAAGCCAUCGCGCUUUGGCUUGAUUUUUGAUCCACAGAAAGAACGAGAGAUGAGUCUGGAUCGAAAUCAGGACAGUGCGCAGCAGGUCGCUGUCAACCAGAAGCAAGUCUUCGAUGAGCUGACCCGGAGGCUCGGUAAUCGGGACAAGCGUGUCCUGUUGGUGGAGGAUAACCGGGUCAACCAGAUGGUCAUCCUCAAGUUCCUUGCCAAGGCCUCGAUCAAGGUGGAAACGGUACUCGACGGCGUGCAGUGCACGGACAAAGUGUUUGCGAAUCCACAUGGCCAUUACUCGAUUAUUCUUUGCGACCUGCACAUGCCCAACAAAGACGGGUACCAGACCUGCAAGGAGGUGCGCAAGUGGGAGAAGAAGAAUAAGUAUCCUCAUCUCCCCAUCAUUGCCCUCUCUGCGAACGUGCUGGGCGAUGUGUACCAGAAAUGCGUGGCGGCGGGAUUCAACAGCUACAUGACGAAGCCGGUCGAUUUCAAGGAGCUGAGCACGUUGUUGAUGAACUUCAUGGACUGCGAUCCUAACAAGACACACGAGUUGAUGAAGUUGAAGCGGGGACAUGGCGCGGGCAGUCUGCCUUCUCUCUUCGGACGAUGA